GCCGCAUCGACUCCAAAGCAGCGCGCUGAGCGACUGCGCCCCACGGCGGCCAUGACACACACACACACACACACACACACACACACACACACACACACACACAGCUUUCUUCUUCCUCUCUCUUAUCCGUCAGGUCGGAGCUGUAAACGUCGCCAACGUACUUGUAUUUCCUUCGGGGGAGUUUAAAUAACGAUUUACAGGUUAGAGGGUAGGAAAAGGCUGCUUCUCACCUCCUCUCCUUCCUCGUCUCCUCAGGCCUAGACCAGCAUGCCGUUGGUGAAGAGGAACAUCGAGCCCAGGCACUUGUGCCGCGGGGCGUUGCCGGACGGGGUGACCAGCGAGCUGGAGUGCGUCACCAACAGCACGCUGGCCGCCAUCAUCAAGCAGCUGGGCAGCCUGAGUCGCCAUGCCGAGGACAUUUUCGGGGAGCUGUUCAUCGAAGCCAACAGCUUCUACCUGAGGAUGAGCGGCCUGCAGGAGAGGGUGGACCAGCUGGCCGUGAAAGUCACCCAGCUCGACUCCACCGUGGAGGAAGUCUCCCUGCAGGACAUCAACAUGAGGAAGGCCUUCAAGAGCAGCACCAUCCAGGACCAGCAGGUGGUGUCGAGGACCUCCGUGCCCAACCCCGUGGUGGAGAUGUACCACCGCGGCGACAAACCUCCCCCGCUCAACAUCCUCAGCCCCUACAGGGACGACAAGAAGGACGCCCUGAAGUUCUACACCGACCCGUCCUACUUCUUCAACCUGUGGAAGGAGAAGAUGCUGCAGGCCACCGAGGACAAACGCAAGGAGAAGCGACGGCAGAAGGGCUGUCCGGCCCACCCUGACAGGCCCCACUCCAGACAGGCCCCACCCAGGAGCCCCCUGUCCAUCUCUGAGCAGCAGAAGCAGGUCGAGGACCCGAGCCGAGAGGUGAAGAAGGUGCGUAAGGCUCGUAAUCGGCGCCAGGAGUGGAACGUCCUGGCCUACGACAAAGAGUUCAGGCCGGACGCCAGGCUCACGCCCUCGCCUUACCAUGGCAUGUCCUCGGAAGGCUCGCUGUCCCCUGAUAGCAGGUCAAUGGCGUCCGACUCUUACCCCGCCAGCCCCAACCACCCUUCCACCCAGGCCCCCGGCGCCGUCCACCCCACCGACCCCUCCAGGGACCACCUCAGCGCCGCGGCCCAGACCCAGUCCCUGGAUCGGGUCCUCAGGCCGGCCAACCAGCCUCCGGGGGCCGGGGGGCCUCCGGCGCCGGCUGGGCGCCACGCGGCCUCCCUGGGCCGGACCCCAUCGGGACAUGGAGUCCAGGCCGGCGGAGAGCCGGCGGUUAACGGGCCGAGGCAGCAGUCGGUGAAGGACUACCGGGCCGGGCACGGCGGCCAGCCCUCCACCAUCCCAGAGUACUACAUCCCCCCCGCCCCUCCCCCUCCCCCCCCAACCAUCCCCUCGGCGCAGACCGCCUUCGACUCCACCGCCGCCCCGCCCUCCUCCGCCGCCGCCGCCUCCGCCCCCACGGGCUACCAGGCUCACCGGACGCCGUCGCACGCCGUGGACGGAGCGCCUUCGAGCAGGAAGUCCGCCUUGCCGGGGAUGGUCCCGAUGAGCGACGCCCGCUCCGACCUGCUGGCGGCCAUUCGUAGAGGCAUCCAGCUGAGGAAGGUGCAGGAGCAGCGGGAGCAGGAGGCGAAGAGGGAGCCCGUCGGCAACGACGUGGCCACCAUCCUGUCGCGCCGCAUCGCCGUGGAGUACAGCGAGUCCGACGACGACUCCGAGCUCGACGAGAACGAGUGGUCCGACUGAGCGUUCGGGUCUGAAG